UGCCCGGUUGUUCUUCCAGGCUGGUCACUCCAGAAGCACCCCUGCUAGCCAGGGGGUGCAGGGGCAGCCCAGGCCCCCGGGUGAUGGGCGCUGGUGGGGCAAGGGAUGGCUCCGUCCCUGCGUCCCAUCCCUCGGCAGGUGGCUCUGUAGGGGAGGGCUGGCUGCUACUGCCAUGGGACGCUCAGUCUGCACUGGGCGGGACUGGGGAGUACUGGGAACGUCGCCACGCAGGGGUGAGCUGUGGGUUCGGGGACGGAGGGAGCACAGGAGCACAGGGCUGGAUGUGGCUGAGAGCCCUCUUGAAGCCCCAGCGAGAUCUCCACUGGCUGCGAGUGUUGCAGGUGGUCGAGUGGCACCUACCCCCAAAAUGAUGGAAAACAAAGUGUUUAUGUCGUUUACGUUCUACAGCACGAUCUUGAUUUUAAAAAUGUAUGUUGUUGCCAUCGUUACGGGACAAGUGAGACUCAGAAAGAAGGCAUUUGCAAACCCGGAGGAUGCACUGCGCAACGGGGGGCUGCAGUACUACCGUGAAGACCCCGAUGUGGAGCGGUGCCGCAGGGCCCACCGCAAUGACAUGGAGAACAUCUUUCCCUUCCUCUUCCUCGGAGCCAUCUACUCUCUGCUGGAUCCCAGUCCCACAGUGGCCAGGAUCCACUUUUUCAUCUUCUGUGUGGGGCGCAUCAUCCAUACCAUCGCCUACCUCCUGCAACUGAAGGCGCCUAUGCGCUCUGUGGCCUACAGCGUGGCACAGCUGCCCUGCUUCUCCAUGGCUCUGCAGAUCCUCCUCGCCACCACCCCAUACUGGUAGUGCCCAGUGAGACGGACCGAACAAACCCCUUUGUCCCGCACUCUGCUGCUUUCCUCGGCUGGACCGGGUGGUGCGUGAGAGUGUGAGAGUGUGUGUUUGUGUGGACACAUGGUAUGUUGCCAGGGAGGCCAUCUGCACCCCAGUGGUGCUCAGUGCAGCCUCGAUAAAGUCCCCAUGUUACUGAAAUUGGGCAGGGAAGUCACCAGAGGGAAGGGCCGCAUCUGCCUGCAGAGUCAGAAGAUGAUGUGGAGGCAGGUUUCUCUUGCUUCUAAGGGUGAGAGGGGGAAAGCACCUGGACUACCCCUCGAGGAAGGGGUUAAUUGAAAGAAAGGUUUUCUGCCCCAACUGCAUUCGGAACUGGGAAGGGGAAGAUGUGUCCUUUCCCCCUGGUCACACAGCAAGGGAAAACCAUCAGGGUCCUGUGAAGUCUCUUGGUCAGCAGAUGUGAGUAGUAGCAGAGGGGGGUUAUAAAACAGCCGCUGUCCUCCUGCCCAGCCGUGUGGGUCUGUGGGCAGGGGGCUCUGUCACAUUCCCUCUCCUGUGAGGACAGGAGGCAGGUGCCUGCCAGGCAGCAUAACGUGAAAGUCGAAGUCUCAGGGGUGACGCUGUGAAGCCACUGAAGUGUUCAGUGCUCCCAGCGCUGCCUCAUCUCACGCCAUAGGACGCAGCUCCCUACCAGGGAGCCUCGCUGCCGGCAGGAGCCUGCCUGUCCCGGCAAGGAUGCCACGCAGCCAGCAUUCAGCAGGUCCUGGCCAGCAGCAGCUGUGGCUUUUCCAUCUCACUCUCACUGUGGCAAGAUGCAGAGGGACAUGCCUGGAGCAGCCAGCAGGAAUCACUUACCCUGUAGAGAGCUGAACACAAAGCUCUGGGACUUCUGGAAAGACUGAGAUGCUCAUACAAAAUGGGGUCUGCAGUUUGAAGACAGACCUUUCUCCCAAGUGUGGUAUCUGCGCUCACAUGCUGCUGAUGUGUGAGAAUGCUCCCAGGACAACAGACUGGAUUUCUCCCCCUCCGUAGCCUUUCUCUGGCCACAGAAUGGCCAUUAAUAUCUGGGGAAUGUGCCGUGCCAUGACCACUUUGGGAAUGUUUUCUUUCAGCUGUUUCCUGCUGUACACUGCUGCCGAGUGGUGCGCAGCCUGGAUUAGCUGGUGUUUGCAGAAAGCUCUGGAAAUGAGUGGCUUUGAACCUCCCUGUGUGAGAAUACCACUGCUCUGUGGUGUUGUCUGAAAGUUGUCAUGUUGGAGAAGAGAGGCUGGGACCAGAGUAUUGCAGGAUGAUAAACCCUUGUAAGCACCUCUGCUAUGCAGCUGUCUCAAAGUGCCAAGGGCUGGUCCAGGCAACAGCAGCAUGCAAUGGAGCACCCCUACAGAGGACAAGGCAGGAGGAAGCCUCUGCUGUUCAGUGCCUCCUCCCUCCCUCUGAGGGUAAUGCAGAGUUUUACUAAGAUCAUAUGUGGAAACCAGAAUGAGCAGAACACAGCACACCCUUCCACCUGCCCUAAGCACUAAAGGUGUUCCUUUAACCCUGCUGUCCUCAGGUGUGCUCUUACUGAGACCUCACUGAGUGUCUGAGUGCACAAAGCACAAACUGAUGCUCUGAGACCUUGCCGAGCUCGGGUAGCGGCUUCUGUACCAGUAACUCCUGACCCCUGUGCAUAUGUGGCUUUAGGCUGUUGGUGACGUUUGAAGGAGAGUACUUUGCUCUCCCAUGGGGGAACUGUGUGUGGAAGGUGGGCAGGACUGCAGCUUCAGCAGUUUGCUUUUGGCCACUUCUCAUUUACAUAGCCUCAACAGAUGUCUGGGUAAUAUAUACCCCUCUUAACAAGACUCUUCUGCCUCAAAUGGUGCACAAGAUCCUGAACCCCUGUACAUUUCUCUGCUGCUGCACAUGCAUCCUGGUGGCAGGAAGCAAAUAUUCCCAAUAAAAACAAAUCAUUGUG